GGCGCUUUUUUCAGUUUCCAUGGAAGCACUAAUCAAAGUGCGUUCACUGAUUGAUUGAUGCUUGACGUUACUGAAGGAUCGGUACUAGUUGUGAAUCAGGAAGAUUUCAUGUCCAGCAUCCAAGAGCAGCCUCUCUAGACUCUACCCACCAUGAGUUCCUCUGCCGAUAAUGGCCAAGCCAGGAACAGCAAGAAGAAAAAAAAGAAAGGGAAGGUGGGGAAAGUCUUCCCCAUGCACCCCGUCAUCAUCCAAACAGGAAGUGACCAGGAGGAGCUCCUCAAGAGGUCGGGGAAAGGUCAUAAAGACCUGCUGGAGACGACCCACAAGAGGAAUUCGGCAGCCAAUGUCAUCACCAAUUACCAGAUGGUGAAGAAAGGGGUGGAUAAGUUUAAGAACUUGAAAUGUGGGAGGAGGUCUAGGAAUGGUGGAUCUACGGGUCUGAGAGAAGAUGCUAAAAAAUACACUUUAGUCCGGGGCAUCGAUGCCAGCAUUUCACCGGACCCCCUCAGUGCCAACGUGGCCAACGCAGAGUUGAUUGGCUACUUCGGACACCUUGCGACAUCGACGGACCCUAACAUAUCGAUAGAUUUGGAAUACUUGGAACUGAUUCUGAGCAGAGGAGCUGAUAUUAACUGUACAGACAAGUAUGGUCAGACAGCACUCCAUGAGAUUUCUAGAACGUGGGAUCCAGACGUUGCGGUUUUCAUGAUUGAGAGAGGGAGCAACGUAAACCAGGCUGACCUGUAUGGUAGGACUCCUCUUCACGUUGCUGCUGCCGUGGACUUCCCUGAAAUGAUCAAAGUUCUGCUCGAAAAUGGAGCAUACAUUGAAAGCCUGACGGAAAAGGAGAUGCAGUCCCCCCUCCACUACGCAGCACGGAAUGACGCCUGUGAGAGCUUGAGACUACUCCUCAAGAAAGGGGCACAGCUCCACAUCCGAGAUUACAAAGGGAGAACACCUCUCCUGCUUGCCGCAGAGUUAGAUCGAAGCGAGACUUCUAACGUCUUAUUAGAGAUGGGGGCCAGAUCGUAUGAUGUUGACCGUACGGGACACACAGCACUCCAAGUCAUGGUCACCAAAAUGCCAGCUGUGGCCAAGGAAGGCCUCAAUCAGCUGUACCGAUGUGAUAGAGCCAAUCGUAAGCAGUACUAUGAUCUCCAUCUCCUAGAACCGCUACCUCUGGAUUCAGGGAUAGAGGUCCCUGCACGCACUGUGCUUCAGAGCAUAGUCCUUUACAACCAGCUGGAGCUCAUUAUGCAUCCGGUGUGUCGUCAGCUCGUAGAGGCCAAAUGGGAGAAAUUUGGAAGAAACGGAGCCUUCAAACAGCUUGCAUUCAACCUUCUCUUCAUUCUCAUGUGGACAGUGUUAGCCUGCAGUCUCAAGAGCCCUUUCGAGUACAAGUUUCCUGAGGACAUUUGGAGGCUGAUUCUAGAGGUAUGCGGUGGUCUCUUGACUAUAUACCAGAUAGUCUUGGAGCUCAAAGAAUUUUCAGACUCAAAGAAGAAGUUCAUCGCAUGGAGAAACUGGCGUAUCACAGAGAUUGAGAAGGAUUUCAAGUUCUGUCACCCCCAGUGGCCCCAGGAGAGGCAGUACCUGGACCAAGAGGUUGCCGAAAUAAAGGAACAGGCUCCAAGCUACUUCGCAGAUAAAUGGAACUUAUUUGAUUGGCUGAUUUACAUCUCGCUGCUCAUUGUGACUCUCCUUCAUGUCGUGGAUAUCUUCGUCGAUGCCAGCGGCCUGAGCACGGCCACCCAGAACAUCUUCGCCAUCGUCAUCAUCUUCGUCUGGUUGAGGCUGAUGAAGAGUGUCAGAGCCUUUGUCAGAUUUGGACCUUUUAUUGUCAUGCUUGGCCUCGUCGCAAGUGACUUUGGGACCUUCUUGUACCUGUAUGGAAACUUCUAUAUACCUUACGCAUGUGCCUUUUGGAUGACAUAUGGAGGUAACAAUGGCACCAUCCCGAGCAUGCAGACUGUGGAUCAGUUGAUGUACAGCCUCUUCAGGAUCACGUUGGUCGAUGAAUACGAUUAUGAUGGCAUGCGUCAGGAGAAUGUUUGGAUGACGUACAUACUCCUAGUGACAUUCCUCAUGAUAUCUGCUAUCCUCUGCAUCAACCUACUGAUUGCCAUGCUCUCUAACACCUUCCAGAGGGUGUAUGACAAUGCCACAGCCAUUGCUAUCAUGCAGCAAACUAAAAUCAUCUUGAGUAUUGAAGAUGGUCUGGGAAAGAAAACUAAGAGGAAAUACUUUGACUACAUCCGGGAGUUCUGCAGCCCACAAAGCCUUUACUAUGAUGACGACAUGACCUCCGAGGGAGGAGAUGACCUCAAGAAGAUGACCUUUCAAAUUAAGGACUCUCUUGAAGAGCUGGAUGAAUUCAUCAGAGAGGAACAGCAUCUAGCCCACAAUGGGAACAUAUCAGGUCUGAGAGCAGAGAUAGAGGACCUGAAGCAGAAGCACGAGGAGGGACUCAAGAAGGUCAACAAUGACCUGAAGGUGGUCCAGGAACUCUUAAAAGCAGUCCUGGAACAGAGGUCAGAUCGAGGAGGAGGAGGUGAUGGAGGCAUUCGUACUCUCCCUACACUCUCAACCCACGGUGAACCAUACAGCGUUCCCACUGGCAACCAAAGUAGCGUCCCCCAGGUAAUGAUGGCUACAGGUUCCCCUCGUUUUAUCGGCAGGAGGGACACAGGGACCCCCAAGCCUUCACUCCUGGCUGAAGAUAGCAUUGACGGUGGCCCCAUAGGGUAAGUUUCUACUGCCAGC